AUGCAAUCGGUGAAAACAAUCAUGAUUGGUUGCGGAGGCACUCCACGUGUAACUCACUUUCAUAUUUCAACAGGUUGGGUCCCCGCUUGUCUCACUAUGGAGAAGUGCGGCAAAACGAUUUACGCUAAUGCCAAGGUACUUGAAGCUAUCCGUGAUCAAGAUGUUGAAAUCACUGUAACUGUACGGAAAGCAAAGGCUAAAGUCGUCGUUCUCGGUAACUCAGGUGUUGGGAAAACAUCCAUCAUUUACCGCCAUCGUUUCGGUGAACGUUCAACUCCUUUCAAUGCGACUAUCGGAGCUUCAUUUGUCACUUGCGAUGUUGACACCCCUUCGGAAGAAAUGCGUCUCCAAAUAUGGGAUACAGCAGGACAGGAAAGGUUCCGAUGCAUGGUCCCGAUGUAUAUGAGAAAUGCUGCUGCAGCAAUAAUUGUAUAUGACGUCACCAACAGACAAUCUUUCCUUGACGUCGAUAAAUGGGCGAACGAAUUACAACGAUGUUGCGGAGAUUCUGAUCCUGUACUAAUACUAAUUGGUAAUAAGACUGAUCUUGUCGAGAAACGACAGAUAGCAAAAGGAGAAGGUGUAAAUAAAGCUUUGCGUCUCAACGCCAGGUUCUAUGAAAUUUCCUCAGACGAUCAUUCAGUCUUCAACACUGUUUUGGAAGAUCUGGCCCAAGAUGUUCAAACAAGAGGUCUGACUGUUGAGCAACAUCGGGAAAAGAUGGUAUCACCUACUAUAUGUCCGGAAAUGGAAAUUAUCGGGGAUAAACAGGUCAACAAACGCAAAUGUUGUUCUCUCGUUUAA